UUCCCCCAAUGCAACAAACACCAGAAUGGAUCAACAGAAGAACGUGCUGAUUGCGGGCAACCCGGGCACGGGCAAGACCAGUCUGCUCCUGACCAUGGCACGGGGCGUGUUCCUGACCACUGUGCCCAAACGCUUCGAAGGCUGGACCAUGAACGCCCAAGUACCACCACCCUCCAUUGAAGUCCUCGCCUCCAUGGAGGGCAAUAACAAACAGAAGAACAAAGUCAGUCGGACCAAAUCCCAUGGAUUGGGAACAAAUAGCUCGUUUUCGUCUGCCCAUAGCAAUGGACCGAUUGUUAGUUUCACUUUGUGGGAGGACUGGUCACGCACAAUUAAGCUCGCCAACGAGGACGAGAACGAAGAGGACGAGAACAUUGCCGACUUCAAGGGCGUUGAUGACAAUGGCGAAGGAAAACAGCAUGGAAUAGUGAUAACGGCCACGCCACCUGAGACCAAUGAAGCCGAGGCUGAUGGAACCGAGGCUGACAACGAUGCCAUAGCCAAGAAUAAUAACAAUCAAAUCAAACCUCCCGUUCAGAAUGGGACCAGAAAGAACUACGCCACGGACGGCAAGAGAUCCGAAAGGAACCCCGAUGGUUCCCUUAAAAGCCCGUACUGGCAUCCGGAUCUGGUGCCCAUCAUCGCACGUUGCCAUUCGGUGGACGAUGCCGCCAUUGUCAAACCCCACGAUCCGUGCUUCCCGGUCCGCCCAUUCCUGGCGCCCGAUCCCGAUGUGAUACUCUUGUGCUACUCAUGCUGUGAUAUCGACUCCUUCAUGGACUCGGAAAAAGACAUUUGCGAGGAUCUCGUCAAGCGAUUCCCGAACACGCCCAUUAUUGUCGUGGGGACCAAAAGCGACCUCAGAGAUAGUGAACCCGAGGUCGUGUCAUUGGUGGAUCGCAAUCUCCUUAUUUCGGAAUCGUGCGCCACCCAAGAUAUAGCGCGAGGUUUGGGCAGCACCCACUCCUUGGAUGAAGGGGGCUUGGUGAUGAAUGGGACCACCAAAUUCAUGGUCAAUUCCCAAAUGGGUCUAUCCUUGGCCAAGCGAAUAAAAGCCAGCGCCUUUUUCGACUGCAGUGCCUUGACCGGCCAGAACAUAUCAGCAUUGGUGAGCGAAGUGUCACACAUUCUUUACUACGGCCUACCCAGUUCCCUGAUGUUGGGGGUCGGGUUUCGACCCUCAGCUGCAGCCUUCUCAGCCUUGGCCCGAAGAACCUCAUCCAAGAAGAAUUCAGCUCCACUGGCCUUGUUUCAGAGCUCGACCAAAAAGCGUUCCUCCCAAAGUGUUUAUAAGAGCAAGGCCGCCUCUUUCAAUUUCAUCAAAGGCUCUAUGACUAACAUAUAUCACAGUGCCACCAAGGACUAAGGACAGCGACCUUAAUGCCCGAACACCUUUUUCUCCUCCCCAUAUCAGACCUCACAGAAGAAACAUCCGAAGUUUUCCUUCCACUUAUGCUGAACAGCCUUCACAAACCAGACGCAAUUGCGAGAAGAUAGUCUACUGACGGAAGUCCGCCUGUUUCGUUAACGCGAUGGCCGUUGGAACCUUUAGUGAGUGAACAUGAAUCGAUCAAUUACCAUGCACUUUUUACGUUCGUACAGUUGGUGGUACCAAGGCGUACAUACAUACAGAGGGGAGAGGGACCAAGAGCCUCGAUGUCUGUGUUCCAUCAGAAGUGCAUUUAUGCCACCACCUGCUGCUGCUGCUGCUGCUAUUGUUGUUGGUGGUGGUGGUGGUGUUGUUCUGGUCGUCUUGGACGUCUUGGAACACUUUUCGGCUGUUGGCUGCAUUUUUACCGAUGAAACGCAAUCAUUCUCACACCCAAUGUGUACUUAAUGAAAUAUACUAUCAUUCUUAUGUUCAAUGUUAAA